AUGGCUGGUGAACUAUACCAAGAACCCGAAAGGUUUCAACUUCAAUACCCAACAGACCCAAAUGCAUACAAAAUCUUGGAAGAGAUUGGUGCUGGUGCUGGUGCUGGUGCUGGUGCUGGUGCCACAGUUCACAAAGCAAUAUGUGUCCACAACCCAUGGAAGUCAAGUUUGGUUGCAAUCAAAAUCAUUAAUCUUGAACAAUCUCCAGCCGAUUUUCAUAGUUUCGGACGUGAAAACAUGACCGUGUCACUUCAUUCACACCCUAACCUCGUUCUUCCAACAUAUUGUUCUUUCGUUGUUGAUCACUAUCUUUGGGUGGUUAUGCCUUGCAUCAUGGCUACUGGUUCUCUCCAAUCCAUAAUCUCUUCUUACUUCUCUGACGGCCUACCAGAGCCAUGCAUUUCUAUAAUUCUCAAAGAAACCCUGAAGGGAUUGUGUUAUCUUCAUGAUCAAGGCCAUUUACACACAGAUAUCAAGGCAGGCAACGUUCUUAUAUACACAGAUAAUGGCAGCAUAAAACUUGCAUAUUAUGGCACAUCGGUCUCGAUUUACGACCCAUGUAGCAUCCAGGGAUCAUCUUCAUUGCCUUCCUUACCAAGAAAGAGGUUAAUUGAUGUCGAAGGGACCCCAUAUUGGAUGGCACCGGAGGUUAUACAUGACUCAGAUAGAGGUUAUAGUUUCAAGGCUGAUAUUUGGUCUUUUGGUAUUACUGCAUUGGAAUUAGCCCAUGGUCGACCUCCUUUGUCUUACCUUCCUUCUUCGAAGUCUUUGAUCAUGAAGAUAAAGAAGAGAUUUGGGUUCUCUGAUUAUGGUGAUGAGAAGCAUAAGAAAGAUUUCAAGAAUAAGAACUUCUCUAAAGAGUUUAAAGAUAUGGUUGCUUCUUGUCUUGAUCAAGACCCUUCAAAAAGACCUUUUGCUGAUAAGCUUUUAGAGUAUUCUUUCUUAAAAAACUGUGAAGGAUUAGACUUUUUGUUCAAGAACGUUUUCUAUGGGUUUCCUAAUGUUGAAGACAGAUUCAAAGAAACCAAGGGUUUACAUGAUGGGACAAUAUCAAGCCAGAUUCCUGCUGGUACUGAUGAUAUUGAAAACGAAGAGGGUACUGACUCAGUGGGUCCAAGUGUGAACGGUAGAAGGAUCAGUGGCUGGAAAUUUAAUAUGAAUGGAUUCGUGCUUGACCCGGUAUUCCAUACUGAGUCAGAAGAUGAUGAAGUUGUGAAGAUGGUUCGUUUUGCAGGUGAUUCGGAGGUUUUAGUGGGAGAUUAUACUGGUGCAAACAUGAGCGGAAUAGAAGGAAUUAUUGAAGGUUUAGUGGCUCUAAAGAGGAGUUUGGAUGAGGAGAGAGGAGGCGAGUAG